AUGGGUUAUACCGUUGCACCAUGGGAACUGGAGUUCCAGCGUCAUUUGACAGAGGGAAAUCGUCAAAGAAAGCUAACUAGACGAAUCUGUCGAAGUCAAUCAGCGCAUUCAUCGAACAAAGAGUUUCUGUAUCACCUGAUUGCUGCUGAACUUGACUCAUAUUCACCGGAAUCGGAACCGCAUGAUUCGAAUGACGAAUCUUCUCAAUGGACCCGAACGCAUCGCUACUCGGAUGUUAUAGAUAUUGAAUUUUGGAAUCAGGAUUCGACAGAGUCGGUUUCAUGCGAAUGGAUGAAAACUCAAAUGGAUAACAACCGAAGGCAAUCCGUUGGAGAUAGUUACAGCACAGUAGCAGCACCACAGGCGCUUCAGUACAACUUUACAGACAUUGCGAAAAAAGUAGUCGAUAAUGAAAACAUGGAGAUCGACACAUUUAGUUAUUUGAAGAAUAAAAGAGAAGUAGAUAAUGCUGAGACAGAUAGUGGAUCACUGGCAACCAUUCCAUCAGAUGAAGAUUCUCUAAAUAAAGAGUGGCCAGAUGAGAAACCUAAGACACAAUCCAAAGAAGGAAUCGCAGGUUCAGGCGAUGAGGAAAAUUUCGAAGAGAUAGAAAAUAUCCAGGUAAGUCUUGAUUUCCCGUUCACAAUCCGGCGGGCGAGAAAAUGCUUUUUAUAUAAAUAA